CAGGGACGGGAGGGACAGGAAUUUCCCUUCGACGAUUCUGUGACAAAUCAGCCAAUGGCCCGGCGUGACACGACAACAGUUCACACAAUCUCAAAAAAUCUUGAAUAUCUAAUAACAAAAUGGCUACCCGCGGCGUUUUCUUACGGAAAACCUUGACUUGUUUAAUCUCUCGUUCAAACAACCGAUUGAGAAUGAAUUAUUUGAACUGUGUUCGCUGCCUGUCGCUGUCCUAUGGCACGAAAGCUUCGAAAGCUGGCAGUCCCAAAGAGAAAAACAUUUACGAUGUUGCGAUCGUUGGCGGGGGUGCCAUGGGCUCAUCUUCGGCUUACUUUCUAGCGAGCAGAUUGACACAUGAAAUGGGUAAAAUCUGCGUGAUUGAGCGUGAUCCUACGUACUCAAAUGCAUCAACAACAUUGUCACUUGCAUCAAUUAGACAGCAGUUCUCCUUGGCUGAAAAUGUUCAAAUGUCGCAACAGAGCUUUCGAUUUCUCUCAGAAAUAGACCAACAUUUGGCAGUUGAGGGGUGUGACCCCCCUGACAUCCAACUCAGGAGACAAGGUUAUCUGUUUCUGGCAAGCAAGAACGGGGAAGAAAUACUAAAGAAAAAUCAUGCACUUCAAAGGAAGCUAGACUGCCAUGUCAUUCUUCUUUCACCAAGUGAACUCAGUGAGCGAUUUCCUUGGAUUAACACAGACGGCAUCGCACUUGCUUCAUUGGGUUAGCAUUACAAAUUAUUAUAGGGAGUAAUGUACCACAGUGUAUUAGCAGAAAUUAACAUUAAUU